UUGUGGGAAGCUGGGGGAGGGGACGCCUGGGCCCUUUGUUCUGGCUCUCCUGAUGGCAGGGCGCCCCUGCCCCCCCAGCCUGUGGUUCUGUGAGUCUUUCCUGGUCCGGGCCUCAGUUGCUGCCCUGAGUCUCUGUCCCUGCUCUUUCUUGGCCCAGAUGGGAGAACCCCGGGCUGGGGCCCCCCUGGACGAUGGCAGCGGCUGGACGGGCAGUGAGGAAGGCAGUGAGGAGGGCACUGGUGGCAGCGAGGGGGCUGGGGGAGACGGGGGCCCAGAUGCAGAAGGUGUCUGGAGCCCAGACAUUGAGCAGAGCUUCCAGGAGGCCCUGGCCAUCUACCCACCCUGUGGCCGCCGGAAGAUAAUCCUGUCUGAUGAAGGCAAGAUGUAUGGUCGGAAUGAACUGAUUGCCCGCUACAUCAAACUGAGAACGGGGAAGACACGAACUCGCAAACAGGUCUCUAGUCAUAUCCAGGUUUUGGCCCGAAGGAAAUCGAGGGAAAUCCAGUCCAAGCUGAAGGCUCUGAAUGUGGACCAGGUUUCCAAGGACAAGGCUUUCCAGACAAUGGCUACCAUGUCCUCCGCCCAGCUCAUCUCUGCCCCUUCCCUGCAGGCCAAACUGGGUCCUGCUGGUCCUCAGGCCUCUGAGCUUUUCCAGUUUUGGUCAGGGGGCUCUGGACCCCCCUGGAAUGUUCCAGACGUGAAGCCAUUCUCACAGACACCAUUCUCCUUAUCACUGACUCCCCCAUCUACUGACCUCCCAGGGUACGAACCCCCCCAGGCCCUCUCACCCCUACCCCCACCUGCCCCAUCACCCCCAGCCUGGCAAGCUCGAGCCCUGGGUACUGCCCGGUUGCAGCUAGUGGAGUUCUCAGCUUUUGUGGAACCACCGGAUGCAGUUGACUCUUACCAGAGGCACCUGUUCGUGCACAUUAGCCAGCACUGCCCCAGCCCUGGAGCGCCCCCCCUCGAGAGCGUGGAUGUCCGGCAGAUCUAUGACAAAUUCCCUGAGAAGAAGGGGGGUCUGCGAGAGCUGUAUGACCGUGGGCCCCCACACGCCUUUUUCCUGGUCAAGUUCUGGGCGGACCUGAACUGGGGCCCAAGUGGCGAGGAGGCAGGGGCCGGUGGCAGCGGCAGUGGCAGCGGCAGCAGCAGCGGCGGCUUCUAUGGAGUGAGCAGUCAAUACGAGAGCCUGGAGCACAUGACUCUCACCUGUUCCUCCAAGGUCUGCUCCUUUGGCAAGCAGGUGGUGGAGAAGGUGGAGACGGAGCGAGCCCAACUGGAGGAUGGGAGAUUUGUGUACCGCCUGCUGCGCUCACCCAUGUGCGAGUACCUGGUGAAUUUCUUGCACAAGUUGCGGCAGCUGCCUGAGCGAUACAUGAUGAACAGCGUCUUGGAGAACUUCACCAUCCUCCAGGUGGUGACAAACAGAGAUACCCAGGAGCUGCUACUCUGCACCGCCUACGUCUUCGAGGUCUCCACCAGUGAGCGUGGGGCCCAGCACCAUAUUUACCGCCUGGUCAGGGACUGAAGGGGGAACCCCCAAAAUGGCUUGCCCCUGGAACAGUCCCCUCCCAGGAAAGGCCCUUUACCUCUCCUUAUGCUUAUUUGGGGAGGGGCCUCUGAUGUAAAGAGGUUGCCCUCAGAGGCCUAGGAAACUGGGGGCUGCCCCCUAUUAGAGGGGGCCCCAAAACUUGAUUGGUGAGCUGAGCAGGCUGGGACUGAGAAAAGGAUAAACCCCGAUAUUGGGACCUCACAGGGGGUGUCUGAAAGGACAGAACACUCCAGAGCAUCAGGGAUUGACGACAGGAGCGAGACAGCCCCAGGUACAGCACUGGCUCUCAGCCUGACAGGGCCCCCUUUCCCAUACUUGGAGGUUGGAGGUUUUGGAGGUUACGUUGGGUUGUCCCCUUCCUGUUUUCCAGCCCCCUCCCCCCAAAUUUCUGCCUCUCCUUACUACCCCUACUCCAUGACCUGUGAUAUCACAAAUUGAAGAUGAAUCCUUUCUGUUCAGGAGCAGAGUCAGGUGGGCCCUGGAAAUAUUUUUUUUUAAUAUAACGAGAUAUUUAUAAGUGGGUGUUUAGGAUCUUGACUUUAUCUUAACUUCUCAAACACUGAGGUGAGACUUUCUCAUCCCAUCCCCCUCCUUCUGAGUGAGCCGCGAGCUCGACUGCUUCUUCCCUUCCUUCCCGAAGUGUGUGGGUUUGUGUUCUGAUAGAGGAUAAAGCUAUUUUACCAAAA